GAGAGGAUGUAUGUAAUAUUGUCUCAAUUAGUUUUUCGUGAAAUUUUGUCAUUGCAAUUUGUCACUACUGUUCUUAGUAUUUAAACAUAAACAGUUUUUAGAGUAUUAAAAGAAUUGUACUAAAAUGCAGUAUUAGUCUUAUUUGCUAAUACAAUAUGUGCCAGAUAUCAAGAUAAAUUUAAAUUAUUGCACAGUCAGAGCGAGCUUGAUGUGUAAGGCCUUAUUAUGCUUAUGACUGAAGUGAAGUUCAAAAACUUAAGCCCAAAUAAGACAUGUUCAGUAACUGCAGGAUCAAGAUUUACUUGAUUUUAUAAAACUGAAAGUGACAGAUUUUAACUUCAGAAUUACUAUUUAAGCGCAAAGGUGCAUUUUAAACUCGUAAUCUUCUUUCAGGCUACAGUCUGAAUUGUAACUGUUUAAUAAAAAGUCAUUUCGUUUUUGUAAUUUUACUUUGAAGUUCAAAUAGCCAAACCUCUGAACAGAACAGAACCAGAAAUUAAGAAUUCAGCCGGGAAGAUGAAGCUGUAUUGCCUAAGUAACAACCCCAACAAGUCCUGCAAUAUUUUGAAAUUUAAAAAUACUGCCGUAAUGCUAGAUUGUGGAUUAGACAUGACAUCAGUGUUAUCCUUUCUUCCAUUACCGUUAGUUCACAGUCCCAGAAUAUCUGGUCUUCCAAUAUGGACUCCUCGAGAUAGUAUUGAUGCACAACUUGAAGGGGAGCUGAAGGAAUGUGCUGGAAGAGUGUUUGUGGACAGUACACCAGAGUUUUUAGUGCCAGAGACGGGAACUUUUGACUUUGGUGAAGUUGAUGUGAUUCUAAUAUCCAGUUAUCAGAAUAUGAUGGCAUUGCCAUAUAUCACUGAAAGUACAAAUUUUAGAGGCAUCGUGUAUGCCACUGAACCAACGCUUCACAUAGGAAGGCAGUUUAUGGAAGAGCUGGUAAAUUAUGUUGAGAGAACUCCUAAGAAUAAAGUUGCAACCAAGUGGAAACAACCAGAAACUUUGAAACUGUUAUCACCCCCGCUGUGUGAAGUAUUGAAACCGAAAACAUGGAAGAAACUGUAUUCUUUGAAAGAAGUAAACAGUAGUUUGUCAAAAGUGAAAGUAGUUGGAUUUGCUGAGAAAGUGGAUGUAUUUGGGGUUUUCAAGAUAUCAGCCAUGAGUUCAGGUUACUGCCUUGGAAGUUGUAAUUGGACUCUUCUCACUGAACAUGAAAAGGUAAAAACUACUUGAAAACCU